AUGAAGAACAGCAGGUCGAUGAUGGAUAUCGAGGACAUCUGCGGAUGCUCGAUCAUCCCCAGGAAAGAAUUGCCUCAUCUGAACUCCACUUCCGCCGCCUUCAUGCACGUACGCGACAACCUGCAGGAGCUGGGCAAGGUGGCGGAGGACACGGACCUGCUGUUCCUCAAGGGCCUGCUGGACAGUCCGGUCGUGAAUUCUCUGGUGAAGGUACAGGAGCGUCUGGAGGAUCCUCCGCUCCACGUGGAACCGGUAUGCUCGUCCGUCUGUGACAUCGUCGACGAGGUCUGCCACGCGUUACGGGUCUCACGGGACGAAAACGCGCGGGAACUUACGCGAUUGCUGCGAAGCUCGCACCUGAAAGCGCUCCUGGAGACGCACGACGCGGUCGUCGAACGUAAAGAGGCGCCGUCGAAACCGGAACCACCGCCUCAGACGACGAUGCCCAGUAACGAGAGGACGGAAGCCAUGAGGAUGGUCGGCCUGAGAAGGCAUCCUGACGAACCUCUGGGUCUCACGGUGCAGGUCGACGAAUCUGGCAACUUGAUAAUCGCCAGGAUCCUCGGCGGUAGCACGGCGGCCAGGCAAGGGCUCCUGAGAGCAGGGGAAGUGAUACUGGAAGUGAACGGAAAACAGGUACGGAACCCCGAGGAGCUUCAGGAAGCCAUUCACGAGGCGAAGGAGAACCUCACGUUGAAAUUAGCGCCUGGAAUCGCGAGUGAUGGGAAUCGACCUGUUAAAUCGACGUGUUACAUGAGGGCGCUCUUCGACUACGAUCCCUCUGAGGACACGUUGCUGCCGUGCAGGGAGAUCGGUCUGCCCUUCCAGAAGGGCGACGUGUUGCAGAUCGUCGACCAAGCGGAUCCAAACUGGUGGCAGGCCAGACGGGUGGAGGGGGAAGGUCUCGGUCCGCCGGGUCUGAUCCCGUCCCUGGAGCUCGAGGAACGAAGAAAAGCGUUCGUGCCGCCGGAGGCCGAUUUCGUUCACAAGAUAAGCAUCUGCGGCACCAGAAUCUCCAAGAAGAAGAAGAGAAAGAUGUACCAGUCGAAGUCGAACGGCGAAUUCGACGGCGCAGAACUGCUCCUGUACGAGGAGGUCGCUAGGAUGCCGCCGUUUCGUCGCAAAACUCUGGCCCUGGUUGGACCUAGGGGGGUCGGUCGCAGAACAUUGAAGAACAGGCUAAUAAACAGCGAUCCUGAGAAAUUUGGCACUAUUGUCCCAUAUACCUCGCGACCACCCAGAGUUCUCGAGGAGGACGGCAAGAGCUAUUGGUUCACGGAACGCGAUUCGAUGGAAACGGACAUCAGGGAGCACCGGUACCUCGAGUACGGCGAGCACGGGGGCCAUUUGUACGGAACGAAGCUGGACUCUGUGCGCGAGCUGAUACGAGCGGGGAAAAUGUGCGUCCUCGAUUGCAGUCCAGCCGCGUUGAAGAUACUCCACAAUAGCACGGAAUUCAUGCCUUACGUGAUUUUCAUAGCUGCGCCCGGAAUGGAGCAACUGAAAUGUUUGUACGACCUCGGAAGGUCGACCGGGGCGAGCAGUCGAAAUUUAAUGUUUGACCGCCAGAGUUCCAUCAGAUACAGCUCGAGGAGGGCCAGAACGCUGGAGUCCCUUGCGUCGUUGUACGAGGAGGACGAUCUGAAGUCGACGUUGGAGGAGUCUGCGGCUCUUCAGCGCGCCUACGAGAAGUACAUCGACUUGGUGAUCGUGAACGAGGACUUCGACAACACGUUCAGACAGGUGAUCGCCGCCCUGGACUCCCUGGCCACGGAACACCAAUGGGUCCCCGUGAACUGGAUCUAUUAAA